AUGGUCCCGAAACUCCUCUUCGCCCUCCUCCUGCUGGCAUUCUGGCAAUGGCACGGAUGCAGCGCAUUCUACCUAUUCCACAAGCACAAGUACCACCGGUCGUCGCCGGCGGUGCCACCCCCGCCGAGCCCGCCGGCCGCCCCGUCGCCGCUGCCGGACCUGCCUCCGGCGCAGUGCCCGGGUAUGGAGUUCGCCGAGCUCGUGGCGGUGGAGUGCGGCCGGCAGAAGCCGUACCACCGCUGGUCACUCCUCGGGAAUCAUCACUACUCCCAGCCGUCCAUGGAGUGCGAGCGCGACGUCACCUCGCGGGAGUUGCAGAGGAAUGUGCUGUCCACAAAGGACGUGCAGUGCGUGGCCCAGAUCCUGAUUCAGACGCAUAGUGUCUCUGGCAUCGAGGCCGGCUUGCGCAUAGACCCCAACUUCAACUUCCUUGCCAACUGCGGCACCAGGGAGCAGGACCCCGACGUGGUGGCACUCAAGGGCAUCGCACUGGGAAUCCUGGAGGGCGUGUGGGAGGACAGCGAGCUGGUGGACAAGAUCGUGGAUGGGGUCGUCCCGUCUUUCACACCACCGGGGGAGAACGAGAAUUGGGCCGAGGCAGAAGACAACCGCAUGAGGGAACAUAUGAUUGACAGAGACGCGUUCUUCAACAAGCUGAACAACUUGGACUAUUUGCUCAAGACAUUUCUAGAAGACCCAAACAGCAGC